UGUACUCAACCACUGCAGGAAAUAUUUAAAAACGUUUGUGAAGAUGAGCUUAAAACAUGUGUUGUGCAUAGUGGCAUCGUUAUAUAUAUGUAUAUCAUUAAGCAUUUUUAUUAUUUUUAUAGUGACAACAGAUUAUCCCGAAGAUACGUCAACUUCUUACACCCCUGAUCCUAAGUAUGAGGAUGCAAGGCGGGAAACAAGGAGGUUAUCACAAGAAAUGUGGAUGUACAUGGAUAGCCAACUAAAACGACUGAUAAGCCAAAACGUAGAAACAGACACUAAAUAUAUUAAAGACAUACUUGCUUUUGGCUCUCACCUUCAUACGGCGAUUUUAUUGGCACAUGACACAUUGGAGGACGAGUUUGAAAAAUGGCGCAAUUUGCGAUCAAAUGAGGUGGGCAGAUGUGUCCAGGAACAACUAGACUCAAUCCAGAACCCUUUGAACUGUUCGACAGCAGAUAUGUUCGUUUGCAAAUUAGAUACGGCCUGUGGCUUUGGAUGCCAGAUGCACCAUGUUACUUAUUGCCUCAUGGUCGCCUAUGCAACUAAUCGAACUAUGGUUUUGGUCUCUAAAGGAUGGCGGUACUCAAAGGCUGGUUGGGAUAUUGUCUUUCGUCCACUGAGCAAAACAUGCCACGAAAACCAUCCAGAUGUUAUCAAAAGAAUGGGAAAUCUUACGCGACUACAAAUCGUAGAUCUCAAUACGGGAUACCAUAAUCCGCUUGCGUUGCCAGACGUUUUGCAAACAUGUAUUCAACAUUUCCACGGACAUCCCAGACCGUGGUGGGUGGGGCAAUUUGUGAGAUACAUUUUGCGACCAAAUCACAAUCUUGAGGAAAGCUUGAAAAACAAGGAGAAGCGUUUUACAUUCGAUCAUCCUAUAGUAGGAAUUCAGGUGCGAAGAACAGAUAAACUUCAUAGCGAAGCUUCGUUCCAUUCUUUACAAGAGUACAUGAUCCAUGUAAAGAGGUGGUUUGACGUUGCAGAAACAAAGACACCAAUUGUACAACGAAAGGUUUACCUUGCCACGGAUGACCCUUCAUUGUUUACAGAAGCAGAACACACGUAUCCCACGUACAGCUUCAUAGGUGAUGUGAAUAUUUCUAUAAGUGCCCAACUUAGCAGCCGAUACACUUUAGAAUCGUUGAAAGGUGUAAUAACGGACGUACAUUUCCUUUCUAUGUGUGAUUACAUCGUGUGUACACUAUCAUCCGGGGUAUGUCGUCUUGCGUACGAGAUAAUGCAAACAAGGCAUGCAGAUGCAUCCUCAAGAGUUAAGUCCCUUGACGACUUAUACUACUUUAUUGGUGGAGCCCCAGAGAAAUGGAUAUCAAUAUACAACCAUGAAGCGCAAAAUGAAGAUGAAUUCAGUUUCAAUGCUGGCGACACUAUCCACAACUACGGGAAUCAUUGGGACGGAUACUCAAAAGGAAAACAUUUGCGGUCAGGCAACGAAGGUCUUUUCCCAUCUUACAAAGUCAAAAAUUUCUUUUGACUUUUCAAUAAAUCUGAUACGAAAUGAUUGUUUGCCGGACAGAGCCAUAAUAGUUUGCGGAUGAUUAUUAUUAUUUAUAAUAGUUGCAAGGAAUAUUUAACAGUCGGAUAUGUGUUUAUAGCGGUUUUUCUAAGAAAGUAUUUUUGUUUAAGUCACCUCAUCUAUCUGUUGUUAUCUGAGUCCAAUAAGCUUUUGUUGUAUUAAGGGUGUGUUGAAACAAGUAUUUACUCUUCAGUAUUAUUGAAAAAAACGUAUCAAUAGAAUUUAUUAUUUAGUUAUUGAGAGACAAAUGAGCAUGAAUGAGAGAUAUAAUUUCUGACACAAAUUUAGUUUUGUGUUUGGAAUCUUCUGGGAAAUGCAAAAGUCAUUUUAUCAUAUCAGAUAACUAAAUCACAUUUGUUAUUCUUUGCAGCCAUGGCAACCGUAACAACUGUUUAUGUUGCAUUUGCAAAAACAUGUUCUUUUAUUCAUGUUGUUCCUUUAGUACAAAUGAUUAUUGCAGUGUUUUGUACUUCAUACUGGUAUUUUGAUCUCAAAGUGUCUGCAAUUUGAGGAAAAUUCUGAAAAAUAGCUUUGCAUGUUUUGCCUUGAAUUUUGUUAAGUUUUCAAACUAUUUAGAUUGGCCUCAAAAACCUUUAAAACAUAUGUUAAUUAGGUAAUGUUUCAAAAAAGUGUGCUUUAAAAGUAAAUACUGAUUUGAGUAAUUUACACCGUUAUUUUUACACUAUCAAAACACUUAAUUCUCAUCAACUCGCCAGAAACGUGCACAGCAAUAUUAUUCAAACACUUAUAAUUUGUAAAGGCAAAUAAGAGGUAUACAACACUCAUUUCUUGUAAGUGCACCAUCAAAGUGCACAGUCAUUUAAGGUAGGUGCAGAAUUAAAUUCAACAGCAUUAAAUUCAUAAGAUUUAUUAAAAAUGGUAAAACUGGGCAAGAAUCUUUUUUUUUCUAUCGUUUUGAAAGAUAGGGCUGAAUUGGGCUGUUAGUGUCUCUUAAUAUUCCUGUCGUACGUACAGUGCAACACCAAUUAAGCAAGAUUGGAGGCUGACCGUUUUUUUUUUUCUUUUUUCUUUUUUCAUUCAGAGAAUAUGAGUGUUUGCAGAAAUUAUAAUGACAAAGUUGUGUUUGGUGCAUCUUUUGUAUUGUAUCGUACGUUAGAGGAGCUUGCAUAUAGCUCGGACUCAUUUAUUUGUAGCGAACGUAUGUUUCCGGUCGUUUUGUAUUUAAAGUGGACACGUAUUUCAUCUGAUAUUUCCUUUAUAUGUCAUUGUUUGUAGUAAUUACUGGCUGCAAUUCGGCGCACAUCUAAAUCAACUUUUGUAACAGUGUAGUUGCGUUCUCUUAAACCUAUUAAAAUCCUUACUUAAAUGGCCUCCUGCUUUAAAUCAUCGUUUCAAUGCAAUUGCACAAAUAAAUUUUAAUAGACAUUGACUGAAACAAUUGCAAUCUGUGUUGUAAGAGUCUUUCGUUGAUUGUGAUUGCUUUGAUUUCUGUCUCUUUAACAAACCUUAAGCUGGUUACUGCUAGGCUUCAGAAUGCAAGAAAAUAUUACAUAGAUCUUUCACUGGUGCUCGCUAUAAGAAUUAUUGUUAGUCAUUUUUUGAUGUCAAAAAUAAUUCUUUUCUCUCUUUUGUUGAAUUUAAUAAUUCGGUAGGAAUCACAAAAAGCCAUUUAUAACAAAAUUUUCAAAUCAAAUUAAAAAAAACAACCUUUAUUUAAUAUAAUUAAACAAUGAAAUUAUAUAUAAGCAUUCGACGUCGGUCAACGAGCAAAGAACACAUUGUAGGACGUAUAGAGAAAUACAUUUUUGAUUCACACCACAGUAAGUCUCUAGACACGGGCGAGUCUGUAAUCACACUAAUUGCAUCAAGCUCCACAUCAAAGCAGUCCGAGUCCUUCACUUUUAUCCUAACUUCAUGUUUUCCGGCUGGUAAUUCAACUUCAGAACCUAUGGUUCCUGACGCGAGAAAUGCGUUCCAAAGCUUUCCACCAGACGAACGAUCAUGCGUUGUGAAUUCUCCUAUAUGUUCAUUAUUUAUUGUAAAUUCGAGAUUGUCCGAUCCACCGUCGUUAGAAUACAGGACUCCCAGAAUCAACAGUUUGACUCUGUUAAGAAGACAUAAGUUAAGUAGUACGGUAUCCUCUCGAAACAAACGUAGCACCGAAGCAUGCGAUGCACCUGAACGCCAUGGCGUUCGAGAACGUCCGGGACCGCCAAGAAUAUUUUCAAACUCAAAACUGUUAAACAUCUGUCUGCCUUCGUUGGCUAAUAUUAAUGUCACGACCACGAUAAUUUGAGCCAUUAGGUAUCCCAUUUCUGUAGAGUGUGUGUCCACAUAAAACCCUCGAAUUGGCUCUCUUCCAAAACUACCAAAGAGUGCACAUCCACAUAAAGUUUAACUUUGUGUCUUUGUUUUUAUCUCUUUUUGUAAAUGAACCUAAUAUAUAAUCCGGACCGUAAGAUCUGUGUUGAUUAAAAAUGAUACGCAUACGCCCAGUUAAAUAUGAUCAUUUUUAAUCCGCGCAAUGAAAUAUGUAUGACGAUGAAAAGUGCAUAAUUUUAUAAUUAGCCCAUAAUUUAUUCUGUGAUAGAUGUAAACAGGACAGAGUAGCGUGCUCUCAGUGACAGGUAAGGAAAGUUUAAGGACUCUACCAUUUAUAUAAACCGUGAUACAUUAAUAUACGUGUAAAACAAACAAUUAAACAACUUCGUGUGAUUUAAAGCAUGUCUCAUAUUCGUUUAAUUAAUUUUGAAUUAAAAGGUCUAGUCGAUGUCAAACAUAAGUUAAUAAGCUAAAUGAUUUAUUAAGAUUAGCAAUUGCUUUUGCAUGAUGUUCUUUAAGCAAUAUUAAUCAUGUUAGGAUCAAUUAAUGUCAUGAAAACAUGUUAGGCUUUAUUGUUUGUAAAGCUAUUGCUUAAUUGUCAACGAAAUGGAGGCCCCUUAACAUAUUUUAAGAUCAGGUUAUAUUUGAAUAUCAAUUAUAUGUGUGAUACUCUUUGCAAUGUUUACUAAACAAAAUUAGACUUAAAUAAAAAUGAAAAAGGUUAAGUUAUUGGUCAAAAAUAUCAAAACCGUUGCAGUAGCACCAUUAUCGUAGGGUAUUCCCGAUACACUACUACGUUAUUGUUCAUUAUGUAUUCUAGGCGAUUGGGCUGUACCAUGCUCGUUAAUAAUCAAUUAUUAAUGAGUCAGUUUAUUUUUUUUCCAUAAUGAAUCAAUGCGUAAAUAUGCACAAUUACAGAAGCAAUAUCCUGCUAGACCACUUUUGAUUUUGUCAAUUAAUUUCCCUCACGGUAGUUAGCAUGGAGUGUAACGGAAUGAAGUAUCGUGGUUGCCGAACAUACUGCACCGUUAGAUUUACAGCUUGAUGAGGUAAUGUUGACUGCACCCACAACCCUAUCUAGUAGAUAUUGAAGUCAGAGCCGGUUUCUCGGUCACGUAACUGUUUUGUACCAUGUAGUUAAGGACAACGUUAAAAAACGAACGUUCGGAAGAGUUCGGAAUAAGUGAAUAACGUUUAAUGUAAUCAAAGUUAUUAAACGGUUAAUAUCCCCUAAUGUGUUACCGUUCCGAAAUAGAAACAAAAGGUAUUUAACUAUUUAAGUAACUCUCUAAAUUAAUUUCUUAAAUAUAUAUUCUUUUGUUAAUAACUUUAGUAGUGAUUUGGUUUGACUAAUUUAACCUUGUAGUGUCAUGUUGGCCUAAACCGUAAGCUCAGUGUCUUUGUGACUGUUCAAGGCCAUAUAGAAUAUUCAAUCAUCAAUAUUUUAAUUUGAUAAUAAAGAGUUAGUGCUUAAAGUUUUUUUUUAUUAUUCAUUAAAGGCGAUACCAUAUAGGUUGCUGUAAAAACCCCAUAUAAUUAAGCAUUUUUGUUAAACCAUUCCAUUGAUUGAUCAAACCAAACAAAAUAGUUGAUUUAUACAGUUUGAAAAACACAAUAUCGAUAUUUUGUCGAUUUCGUUGCCAUGUAUAUUUUUAUUGAAAACCACGUGAUAUAAAAACUUUUCUAUUUUUAUCUGUUACAGUACACAAAUCACAUGCGUUUAUUGACAUUAAUAUAAAAUGAGUUUUAAGAUAAUAAAGCAUACACCUUUUAAAAAAAGUAUUUAGGUAAAGUGUAUGGUUUUAAAUGAUAGUCACGUUGGCCGAACAAAAUACUCUAUUGCCGUUUUUGCUCAGGUAUUAAACUUAUCAUAAUAAUUAUCAUUCAUAAUGCAUACGAUUUUCGUUUUUCUAUUUGGCUCAUUCAUAUAUACAACUAUUGUUGUCAAUUCAUUAGAUUUAGUUAAUUUUGUC